CUUCAGAAUAUGUUGUCUUCGAUAGGUUUGUCACAACCAUCUCUUUGUCCCCGCUGACCGCCACUCCGUCCGGCGACCAGUGCUGAGGGAUACAACCUCUUUCCAGUGCUUUCCGGUGCUUCGUCUGCCACUCUUUCCGCUAGUAUUUUGGUUACUCUCGAUUCAAUUCUAGAGCUCAAGAUACAACCCUUGCUAGCUUGUAGUCCUAAAUCAGGUGUUCAUUAUGAAGAUUUGAGUUUGAUUGAAGAAGUGCAUUCAAUUGCACUAAGUUAUCACACUUAUUUUCACUCGGCUCAAGAUUCUUAGGGAGGAAGUGGUCAAAGUUAUUACCACAGUGGGGCUGUCCAACAUGGUUACAGAUAUGGAAUUGGUGUUCUACAUCCACACCUGCACACCUGCCCUAGGCACAACUCAUGGUUUUAAUGAGGAGUUUUGCCCAAAUAGUGAUCAAGUUCCCUUCAUUUUGGAAGCUGACACUCUGCCUUGUAUGACCCUGCACAUAAAUUAUGCCUUAUCUCCAUAGAAUCCAAAGGAAAUCUAGUUGAUGAACCAAAUUACUACACCUGCACUGGUCUUGAGGAUGUAGCAUUUUAUGAUUCUCUAAUUGAACCACUUGCCAUUGACUGCUCUAAAUGUUCCAAAGUCAGCAUGAUUUUACCAAGGGUGAUAAAAUCAUGGCUAGGUCUAUGAUGAGUUGGUAUUGAUAUUAGCUUAUAUGGUGAAUCAUUGUUUAAAGAUGCUACAGUUUUAAUUUGUCUACUGAAUCUAGCCUAUGUAGCUUGGUCUCUUUGUCUUAGCUGCCUUUUGAGUGUAUUGAUAGGUCUAUUACAAGAAAUCCAAAGUUCAUGGCUACGGCGGUGGAUUUAGGAAGGGAAUUGGUAAGGCGAAAAAUUAGACUUACCUAUGGAGGAGGCAACGUUGGCCUUCAAGGAGCUGUUGCUUCAACAGUCUAUACCAAUGGUGGUAUAGUUAGAGGCUUCAUACCAGGGUACAUAGCAGCACGACAAGUCUACGGACCUACGUAUGGUGCAGAAUACACAGUUUCAAGCAAUUACUAUAAGCAUUUCGAGAUGAAUCAUGUAGUGGAGGCCUUCAUCGUACUUCCUAGAGGGAUUGAUACUAUGGAAGGUUUGUUCACUUUGAUCUCAUGGGCAUCUGAAGGGUUGCACAGUAAACCCAUUGGUCUCUUGAAUAUUGACGGUUAUUUUAAUAACCUAAUCAAAUUUCUAGAUGACGCAGUGAGACAAAACUUCAUGGCUUCUAGUCAGAGAAAACUUUUCAUCUCUUCUUUCUUUAUUGAUGAGCUUUUAGACAAGCUAGCGUUUGCUAAAGCUUUUCCAGGUCCUGGGGCUAGGUAUGAUGAAUUUGUAAAUCCUGGGGUAAUGGACUUAGACUUGCAUUUGUAAUAUUACUUUAU